AUGAGCGGCCAAAAGCUACAGCUGCUGCCCGGCUGCGGCUGCCCCGGCGUGCGGGUGGAGGUGCGCUUCAAGGUCCAGGGCGGCCCCGCCAAGGCCAACACCGAUGCAGAGCUGCGGGUGGGCGUGCGCCAGUUUGCCGCGCAGCUGGCCGCCAACGGCGUCACGCUCGCCAUGGUGGAGUGGCUGGGCGCCGCCGACGGCCAGCCGGGGCUGUCGUGCGUGGCGGCAAACGGCUCCUGGGUGACCGCUCCCAUGCGCAUACUCACCGCUGCUGCAGUCCAGGUCAAGGCCACCAUUGAUGGCACCACGGCAGAGGCGGCCAACGCCCUGUGGGCCACCACGGCAGGCGCUGUGGAGGUGCCUGCAGGCCCCGCCUGCCUGGCGCCGGGCGCCACGGUCACCACGCUGCUGCCGGUCGUCAUCGCCAAGUCGCCCCCGCCGCCCAAGCGGCCCCCGCCCAAGCGACUGCCGCCGCCUCGCCCCAAGCCCCCCAGGCCGCCAAAGCGGCCGCCCAAGCGGCCGCCGCCGCGGCCUCGCCCCCCCAAGCCUCCUACGAAAAGGCCGCCGCCCUCGCCACUGCCGCCCCGCCCGCCGACCCCCGUGCGCCUGCGGCCGCCUCCGUCGCCGUCCAAGCCGUUAAAGCCGCCGCCGCCAACCCCGCGGCCACCGCCCUUCCCCAGGCCCCCGCUCCCGUCGCCUCCAGAGGAGUCGCCCAGCCCCUCGCCCAGCCCGCCCAGCUACGGGCCAGGACCAGCCCCGGCCGGCCCUGCGCCCGUCCCUGCGCCCUCCUACAGCCCGAUCCCGGCGCCCGCCCCGGGGCCAGAGCCGCCGGUGCCGAUGUGCAUGGCAGAGCCCGCCUGCCAGCUGUUCAUCGCCGACAGCCUGUGCUGCAUGGGCUACGGCAUCAUCCAGCACGCUGCCGUGCGCAUGUGGCUGGUGUGCAACGCAGACGUGUACCUGCCGCAGCCCAAGUGCCUGACAGUCACCGACACUUUCAACGGAGAGGUGAUCCCAAACAUCGGCAUCGACGCCGCCGACGUGCUCAACGCCGUCAAUGUGACCGCCCUCGGCACCCCCAACGCCCGCGCAGCAGAGUACCUGGUGGGCCUGCCCCCCGCCUACUACUUCCCGCCCCACACCGCUACCGAGGGGCAGCUUCCCCUGGCGCUGGACGUUGAGCAGACCAGGAUGACUUUCAUCGACGGCCUGUGCAGCCUGCGGCUGCGGGUGCCGUGCGAGUGGCAGGGCGCCAUCUACGAGUCAGUCACUGCAGUGCCGCCCAUCCCGCUGCUGUCAGUGCUGAGCGCUAACGAGACCGAGGAGGCGGCUGCGAUUGUUGAGGAUGCGCUGGGCGACCAGAGCGACGGCAGCGAGCAGCAGGAGCAGCGGCGGCGCCUGCUGGCGGCGGCGGCCUCGGCCGGCCGAGGCCUGAAGCAGGAGCUGCUCACCGGGGCGGGAUCCAGACCUGACCCGCAGGCGGCGGCAGCAGGCGGCCUGGCAGCGCUGGAUGAGCUGCCGCUUGGAGGAUUGGACUUUGACAGCUUCUCCGCUCCGGGCCGCGUGGAUGCCCGCAUGCUCAUCACCACCAUCGGCGGCGAGCUGCCAGAGCCGCAGGUGGACGAAGGCGCGCUGCCGCCGCUGACGGAUGUGCUGAGCGUGGAGGGUCUGCAGGCGGACCUGCUGUUUGAGGACUACUUCAUCAGCUGGAUCCCCAGCAACUCGACCGCGGGGGAGGUGUGCCAGAUGACCAAUGCCGGUGACCUGCCAGAGUCCUUCCUGCUGGGCAACUUUGACGACCUGGUGGGGUAUGAGGAGGACUGCAGCCCUGAGUCUCUGCUGGAGACCAGCAGCGGCGAGCCGGCCCCCCUGGCAUAG